AUGAAGCCAGCAAAGGUCUUCACCAUCCCCUACGAGCUGGUUGUCUGCUGCAGCCAAAUCGCUGUCUUAAUGGAUAGUCCUGCCUCUAAUGACAGAAUAUUUAUAACCAGUGUUUCUGGCAGACAGAAAAUCAAUGGAUGUCACGAGCUGGAGCAGAUGCAGCUUAUUCUGGAGACGAUCCCCGUUAUCCACGAGGAAGACAAAGAGGAGCUGCUCAAAGUGAUGCCCACGUUCAUCAACAGCACCUGGGAAGUGAGGAAGCCGCUGCGCAAGCUGCUCCCCGAAGUGGACAGUGAAGCUCUUGAUUUCCUGGAGAAAAUCCUGACGUUUAACCCGAUGGAUCGAUUAACGGCUGAGAUGGGUCUGCAGCAUCCCUACAUGAGUCCGUAUUCCUGCCCCGAGGAUGAACCCGUGUCCCAGCAUCCCUUCCGGAUUGAGGAUGAGAUCGAUGAUAUUUUACUGAUGGAAGCCAACCAGAGCCAGAUGUCCAACUGGGACAGGUAUCACGUGAGCCUCUCGUCCGAUUUGGAAUGGAGACACGAUAAAUACCACGAGAUGGAUGAGGUUCAGCGAGACCCCCGGGCAGGCUCUGAAUCCAUCGCCGAAGAAGCACAAGUGGAUCCACGGAAAUACUCCCAAAGCAGCUCGGAGAGGUUUUUGGAGCUCUCCCACUCCUCCAUGGACCGAGUAUUUGAUGCCGACUGUGGGAAAUCGUGUGAUUACAAAGUGGGGUCACCUUCCUACUUGGACAAAUUGCUGUGGAGAGACAAUAAGCCCCAUCAUUACUCAGAGCCCAAGCUAAUUUUGGAUUUAUCCCACUGGAAAAGAACAACCAUAGCACCUGCAGCUGAGCUAUCGCUGGAAGAAGAACCAUCCAACCUGUUUCUGGAGAUUGCUCAGUGGGUGAAGAGCACGCAGGUGGGUCUCGAGUGUCCCAGUCCUCUUCCGGAGAUUCAGGAACGGAGCUUGCCCUCCUCUCCUCACCAUCUCCACCAAGAACCCGCGGAGGUGAACACCAAAACAGACCCUGACUUUGACUUGGACGUCUUCAUCUCCAGGGCGCUGAAACUUUGCACAAAACCCGAGGAUCUUCCAGACAACAAACUCAAUGAUAUCAACGGGGCCUGCAUAUCCGAGCACCCCAGUGAGAUUGUACAGACAGAAGUGUACCAGAAAGAGCGAUGGUGA